UUUGAGGAUUGCAACCUCAGAAAUGUCGCAAAAGCGAGACAUUGACUAUAGCCUGUAUCUUGUUACGGGGAGAGAGCUGCUCCCAAAAGGGAUUGACUACUACGAUUCACUCGAGGAGUCGCUGAAGGGAGGGGUCACCGCCGUGCAGGUGCGCGAGAAAACAGUCGACACUGGGGAGACCCAGGAAAUUUGCUCGAAGUACAAUGUGCCCAUCAUAAUCAACGAUCGAAUUGAUGUGGCGCUUGCUAUAAAGGCGGACGGCGUCCACUUAGGCCAGACUGACAUGCCGAUCGAGAUUGCCAAGAAACUGUUACCACCUUCCAUGGUUUUAGGUCUUUCGGUCUCCUCUCCUGCGGAAGCAACCCUUGCCAGCAAAGCUGGAGUUGAUUACGUUGGAAUUGGACCUAUAUGGUGGACCACGAGCAAAAAGCUUACCAAGGAUGUUAUCGGGCCGCGUGGAAUUAGCUCAAUUUUGGAUGCGCUCUCUCAAUCCAUUAAGACUAUCGGAAUAGGUGGUAUCAAGUAUCGUAACUUGAUACGCACCCUUCAUGGCGCCGUUACCGCGUCUGGAAGAACCUUGGACGGCAUCGCCGUGAUCAGCGAGAUUGUGUCAAGCAGUGAACCAAGAAAGGCUGCGGAGAAUCUGCGGAGUCUGCAUCGAGCAUUCACGGACCAACCUCAUCCCACGCAGCCAUUCACACCUUGGACUAUCCCUACGGAGCUUCCAACAAGGGCCGAUAUUGUUCAUCAAGUGGCUAAACUAAUAGUCGAAACCCGUGCCUUGACCCCCCUCGUGCAUCAAAUCACGAAUUAUGUGGCCAUGACACAAAGUGCUAAUAUUACCCUUGCCAUGGGUGCAAGCCCAAUAAUGGCCACCGCUCCAACUGAAAUGGAAGAUCUAAGUAAGGUCUGCGGGGGUCUGCUCAUUAAUUUUGGGACCAUUGGAGAUUUCGAAGGAAUGCUGCUUGCAGGAGAGUUUGCAAAUCUGAACAAAAAACCUGUCGUAUUUGAUCCUGUGGCAGUGGGGGCUACCGCACACAGACGCAGUACCGCUAAUCAGCUGCUGAAUGCUUGGCAGGCCACGGUUAUCAAAGGGAAUGCGAGUGAGAUUGGUGCCCUGGCCGGGCUAACAGAGGUCAAAUCGCGUGGCGUCGACAGCAUUGGGGAUGGCUUCACAGAUCCGGCCACCGUGGUGAAGGAGUUGUCACUCAAAGAAAGGUGUAUUGUGGUGAUGACAGGAAAGGAUGACUGGAUCUCGAAUGGGGAAUCCGUUAUCAAAUUGAGUAACGGCCACCAUCUAUUACCAGGGAUUACAGCUAGUGGCUGCAUCGUCGGCUCUGCCAUUGCCACAUACUGUGGAACCGUAAACAUUCUUGCCAGGCGUGGCCUUGCCGAGUCAUCUGCAUCUGAUGGCAGACUUGUCCUGGGCGAUAUGCUUCUAGGCGCUGUGGCAGGGGUUCUGGCAAUAACAAUCGCAUCCGAGAUUGCCGGAGAACGGCCCGAUGUCCGGCUAGGCCAUUUAACACCUGAACCCAUCAUCCGGCGGGCAAAGAUCACGCAGAUUGCAUAGGAGGAAAAGGAAAGGACCCAAGGCAGAGAAAGCAUGAGCGUACAGAUAGUUAUCACUUGUAAGAAAACAAGAUUUUGUAUCCUGUUUAUGAGGACGCAUCUGAGGAAGCCGAAAACAGUUUGGAGAAUGGCAUUGAUGAUGUU